GGGACAAAGUACGCCCGAACUGUAUUGGCAACGCCGACGGCGAUCUCGAGAACCAAGUAGGCAGAGGCAAACUUGUUCGGCUUUACCAGCAGUGGCCAUCAAAGAAUAUGUUCUGCUGCUGCGGCUGUUGCAUGACAGGUGGCACGGACGAGUGCUACUGCCCGAACAUGUGUGUUUGGUGUUUCAUCCUCGUUCCAAGCUGUACAUACUUCGGACUCGUGGCGCCAAAGCUCAUCUCCAAUGGCAUUUACCUGCUGCCAGGGGCGACGCUGGCCAUAUUUCUCAUUGCGACGGGACUCCUGCUCGCCACUUGCUGCACGGACCCGGGGAUCAUUCCCUGCCGUGAGGUGAUCCUGGCGACAGGCACCGCCGAUCAGCUCAAAGUAGCUCUUGGUUAUGACGUCCUCGGGCCCGAAGGAUCUGACUCUGCUUCACUACCACCGCAGCUGAGGAAGCAGGGCUACCGCUUUUGCAAUACUUGUUGCAUCGUGCGACCUCCACGGUCGUCGCACUGCUCCGACUGCGACAACUGCGUCUUGCGCUUUGAUCAUCAUUGCCCAUUCGUGAACAACUGUGUGGGGCAGAGGAACUACCAUUAUUUCUUCGGCUUCAUCACGUGUGUGAUGGUUCUGGCUACAAUGGUGAUGCCCGCCCUCGCCCUGCAUCUCUUCAACCCGGAUCAGGAUAAGGCCAUGAAGAAUGCCGCAAAGAUUGACAAGUCGAUGUCCUUGCUGUUCUACGCCAUGUGUGCCGUUGGUGAACUUGCAGCUGAUAUCGCGGAGUUGAAGGACAUGCUUCAGCGGGCGCAAAGGCCGGCUGUUCGCGAAGAGCUGCAGCGGGUGCUGACGAAGCUCGAGGCCGAGCAGCUCAAGGCAAAGAGCUCGGAGGCGGCACCAGCGGCGACGAGCCCCAAGGUCGCGCCAGCGACGGCGCAGGCCGCAGCACCAGCCGUGGAUGUGCGGCCAGUGGGGCCAUGGACAGAGAUCACCACCUUCGCUCUGGACCUAGGUGGCUACAACAAGCCGGAUGUCAGCAUCGACUUGAGGCUGAAAGGAGUGGAGGAGCUUCCUGCCGAGAGCCUCACGUGCGAUUUCAAGGAGGAUUCGUUCGACCUGAAGAUCAUGGGUUUGGAUGGGAAGAACCACCGGUUUGUCCGGACGAACCUUGAGAAGGACAUCGUGCCUGCAGAGUCCAGCUUUAGGGUGAAGAAGAAUCACGUCAUCAUCAACCUCCGCAAGGUGAAGGGCGAGUAUGGCUACGACUCCUGGGUGGACCUUUGCGCCAAAGGCAAGCGAAAGCCCGCGGCUUCGAAAUCGGAGAACCCACAGGACAGCAUCAUGUCCAUGAUGAAGGAUCUCUACGACGAAGGUGAUGACAACAUGAAAAAGAUCAUCGGCGAAGCCAUGUACAAAGCCAG